AUCCCAGUAAUGUAAUUUGCUCCUCUGCUCCGCAGUCUGUCACUCCGAGCUUCAUUUUCUCCUCCUCUGAGUCCAGAUCUUCCUCUCAUCUAAUCGCUCCUCUUCUUCAUGAUUCUCUCUCUUUUCUUACACCAUCCUCCCCACCCUUCGUCGCCUCGUCCCAGCAUCCCUCAUGCUCCUCAUCUUCAUGCCUCCCUCUCUUGUGCAUUCUUCCAGCUUGGUGCUGCAGAGACAGAUCACCAAUGCCUUUUCUUUGCUCCGACUUGGGAAUAACGCUCUUCUUCACCACAUGAGGAUGAAGUCAAUCAAUAAUACGAAGGAAAAACCAAGAGGACAGGAAGACAGAUGAAAUUAUAAUGUGGAAGAGUAGGAUGAAGUUUUGAAAAAAUCUGCAGAGAGAGAGAGAGAGAGAGCGGAGGUUUGUGAUUCGCCUGCGUCCCUGUUAUUCUCUCUCUCCGUUCUUCGUCCCCUCCUUCAUUCAGUACCUGUUCAGUGGGAUUAACAUGACUUAAAAUUCAAUCAGCCCACAGCCUGACGGAAGAGCGUCAGUGCAGGCAGACAGAGCGCUGCUGCAGCUGUCGAGACCGACUGAGGGGAGAGAGCAGCGAGGAGGAGGGGUGUUGGGAUAGACAGAGAGAGAUAGAGAGAGGGAAAAAACCAAGAGAGGGGGGAGAGAGAAAGUGAGAGAGAGAGAUGGGUGUUUUUGUGCGGAGCUGAGAUAGAGCGAGAGCCGCGGAGUCGGAGAGAUGUGACUGCUCCAGGAGUCGCGGAGGAAUGAUCCGGAAAACAAGAUUUAUGACGAAACGUCUGUCUCCACAAUCCCGCUUCCCUCAAUUUCCACCCAAGGUCAUGAGGAACGACUAAGUCAGAGUCGGAGAGUAAAUGUGCAUCGCGCCGAGCGGGCAGGAAAUCAGAGCUGGAAGUGGAGGGGAUGAAAGAUAAAAGACACAGAAUGAACAGGAAUGAAAACCAGGAGAGAAGAAGCAAAGUUGAGCACGGCCAGGAGGAAAUCGCAUCAAGACGCCACAAAUCGGAUUUUUAGCAAAGUGGAUUCUUGGAUCUCUCUUCAAGUCUUUGGAAUACAGCGCCGGAAUCAAUCAAGCAAAUCAGGAUUUUCCAGGUUUUUCUCAGUCCAUAAAAACCUAAGCGGAUAUCGUGGGAUUGGGAUUUCUUCAACUCUCUGGUUUCAAGAGGUUGACCUACAUCAGCCUUUUCCCUUUUUGCUGUGCGGAGGCGUGAGUGGGACAGGUUUCACCAGUAAAAACACAACCCACCCAGCCCUGGGCUGGCCUCGUAUCAGCACAAAUACCUGAGGCGAGAUCUGUGCUCAACACUGACACACAUCCUCAUCCACACACACAAAACACACAGACCUAAACCUGGAUAACAUGUGGAGCUGAUUUGGAUUAUAGAGGCGCACAGACGGAAAAGGUCUGUGGAAAGCCAGGCGAUCUACCAUGCUUGUCCCCCCACCCCUCCAUCCCUGCAGACAAUUGCACCCUCCCCGCACACAACUCCACCCAAAACAAAAAGCAGAGGGAUCAACACUUCCCUCUCUACUCCCCUCAUCCAUCCUCUCCCUCUCAUUUCUCCCCCCUCUAUUCAUCUCAUCACUGUCCUCCUCAUCCCACCUCCUCCACUGUGCCUGUCCCAGGACUUCUACCAAACGAACCCUUCCAGAAUCCGUCACUUUCCCGGUCUUUCACUGGCUGACGCUGGUCACAUGCUGCCUGCUGCCCUCUCUGAUUGGAGCAGGGGAGACGUGGGGCGUCGUUUCGGCCUGCCCGUUCCACUGUGUGUGUCGAAACUUAUCGGAAUCGCUCAGCACGCUCUGCGCCGAUAAGGGCCUGCUCUUCGUACCGCCACAUAUUGACCGGCGAACGGUGGAGCUGCGACUCGCAGACAACUUUAUAACAGAGGUGGGCGGGAAUGACUUUGUCAACAUGAGCGGACUGGUUGAUCUGACACUGUCGAGGAACACAAUCCACCUGAUUCGACCUAUGGCCUUCGCUGACCUGGAAAGUCUGCGAUCUUUGCACCUGGAUGGUAACCGCUUGACAACGAUUGGACCUAAGGACCUAGCAGGUUUGACUAACCUGCAACACCUGAUUGUCAACAACAACCAGCUGGUGAAAGUCUCCAUAGAGGCUUUUGAUGACUUCCUACUCACUCUAGAGGACCUCGACAUGUCCUACAAUAAUCUUCGAAGGGUGCCAUGGGAGUCUAUUCAAAACAUGGCCAGUCUCCACACUCUGAACCUGGACCAUAACCUAAUAGACCACAUCGCAGAAGGAGUCUUUGGAGAGCUUUAUAAGCUGGCGCGGCUGGAUAUGACCUCCAACCGGCUCAGAACUCUGCCACCUGAUCCGUUCUUUGCAAGAUCACAGACCGGAGCGAUUAGUCCAACUCCCUACAAUGCCGUCAUAAGCCUGAACUUUGGAGGGAACCCACUCCACUGUAACUGUGAGCUGCUGUGGCUGAGAAGGCUGAUCAGAGGGGACGACAUGGAGACAUGCGCCACUCCUACACACCUGGCUGGAAGAUAUUUCUGGUCGAUCCCUGAGGAGGAGUUUACGUGCGAACCACCUCUCAUCACCCGCCACACCCACAAGCUGUGGGUGCUGGAGGGACAGCGUGCCACUUUAAAAUGCCGUGCCAUCGGAGACCCUGAGCCAAUAGUCCACUGGGUUUCUCCAGACGAUCGCAUUGUUGCCAACUCUUCCCGGACCAGCUCCUUUAGCAACGGGACUCUGGAUGUCUUGGUCACAGUCGCCCGGGAUGAUGGAGCGUACACAUGUAUUGCGAUAAAUGCAGCAGGUGAAGCUACCGCUACAGUGGAUUUGAAAAUAAUUCCCCUGCCUCACCGAGGCGGGGUCAGUGGAAACACUGGGGUUAACGCCGUUAACGGAAAAAACAACAGGAGUACGACCAAUGGGAUUUUACGGACAGAUCCGGGUUCGUCGGAUAUCAGCACGGGGAAAAACGGAGGGAUUAACAACGGCGUGGGACGCGGAGCAGAGUCCGCCGAUGGGAGUUUAGGAGACGGAGAGGCCAACGAAAGAGAGAGCGGAAAAUCCUCUGAGGGCGAGAGGGCUGAUGGAGGAAGCAUGGAGGAUGACGAGGGGGGCGAGGAGGAGGGCAGGAUGGUUGGAGUACAGGGAGUGACCUCCACCUCGGCUCAGGUGCGAUGGGAUUUGGGACGUUUGUCCGAAGCGUACGUUGUGUGGAUGUAUCAGAUACAGUACAACUGCACUGCAGACGAGACCCUCAUCUACAGGAUCCUCCCAUCAACCAGCGACCGCUUCCUGCUGAAGAACCUGGUUUCUGGGGUGGACUACAACCUGUGUGUGCUGGCCAUUUUUGACGACACAAUCACCUCACUGGCUGCCACUAAAGUACUGGGGUGCACCUCCUUCUCCACCAAGGAUGUUUACCCGGCGUGCCGCUCGCUCCAAGCCCACUUCUUGGGUGGGACUCUCACCAUACUGGUGGGCGGCGUCGUCGUGGUCACCCUACUCGUGUUUACCGUGGCGCUCAUGGUCCGCCAUCGGGUUUGCAACCACGGUGACCACAUGUUCUGUCAAAACGGCAACACGGAGGCUGGAGGUGGGGCCUGCUGCCAGGGUGGAGUGGGUGGAUGUGGGGACAAAGGGGGAAACAGGGGCGGGUGUUAUCAGUCCAACGGCUCUGGAGACGUGAUGAUGGUGGUCCUUCCCAACGGCCUGCCCUCUAAGAGAGGAGGGGAGGCGGAGAAAGACAAGGACAAGGAGAAAGACGGAGCCGAUUCCGCUUCCCCUCUGCCUCCCAAACUGCCCCCGAAGCCCCGGCCAAAGCCGAGAGUCAACCUGGAGCAGUUCCUGUCGGCCGGAGGGGUGGUUUCCACGACGACAGGGGCAGGGAGCGAGAUGGCCUUGGUGGUGAGGCAGAGGAAGGCACUGCUGCACAACCUAGAAAGUGACAGAACUCCCCUCUACUACUCCCCCUCUCCUUCAUCCACACUGCCCCGACAGUCUCGUUCCAGGGAUCGCCCAAAUCCGCGCCUGGAGCGAGAACUGACAAACCGAGCCAGCUUCUCUCUGGCUGCCCCCCUGAGAGACUCGGAGCUGCUGGACUGGAGAAUCACACCCAGAGGCAGGGACAAAUGGAACUCCUCGCAGGCUUAUCAGAGCCCCGUCUCCCCUCUGAGCCCCGCCGGUGGGACUGUUGGCAAGCGGCGACACUCGCUCGACAUGGGCUCCUCUGUUGCCUUAGCAACCGAUGCGGCCGCAACUGUUGCCAGGCGCUACGGCGCCGUGAGCUGUGCCAAGCGGCUGAGCGUGAUCUGGACGAGACGGAGCCAGUCCCUGCACGGGAUGCUGGUGCAGUGCGCGUCGACGACGAGCGCCGCCUCGUCGACGACCAGCGAGGAGGGUGAGAGCGUCGGGGGACUCGGGGGUCCCGAUUUCAAACGGGGAUACAUCCAUGCCUAUAACACCACCAACUCAAACUCAAACACUGGGACGAGCAGUGGGAAAGCAAAAGAGAGGAGCAAGGAGAAGGAGAAAGGUGGUGAAGAUCUGGAAGAAAGCGUGGUGUAGUCUGGAUAAGGCAGAGCAGGAAAAAGUUAAAGACGGAUAAAGGCUUAAGGACAGGAAGGUGAUUCAGGAAGGUGAUUAGAGGUGAAAUUAGAGGAGCGGAAAAUAAGAGAGGUGGGAUCAGAAUGAAGGAGAGGAGUAAGACUGAGUCACAGCCAAUUUAUUUGCCCAGCAAGAAGUCCAGGAAAUUACAUAGAAGAUGGGAAGGAAAGGUUUUAAUUUAAUACUUUGGGUAAGAUGAAAAGAGUAGUAAUCAAAAAUCUAGACAAAAAGAGGGGCAAACAAUAUAAGAAGUAUGCAGCCGCAAAGAAAUCUAAUCAUGAAUCAUAAAAAAGCAUCAGAAUAAAGGUUAUGUGGCAGAGUCAGGGUGAGCGAAGCUUACGGCAACAAAGCUGCGGUUCUCCAGAAUCCACCCACCCACCAACUCAACAAGCACCAUCAAGUGGAUUUGAACUGCAUCAAAAACGAUACCGCUGCGUCUGGAGGCUGCUGCCUUAUUUUGGCUCUCACUUCCAACACAGACCACCUUUCUGAGACGCCUUUUCCCAAAAUAAAACGAAAAAAAAAAAAAAAAAAAA